AUGAGAAACAAGUUUUUACUGCUGUUUUCUUCCAUUAUUUUCUUCAGCGCAUCGGCCCAAAACAAACCCAUUAAAAUGCCGGACAGCAAAAAAGCCGUACUGGCUUCCGUAGAAAAACACCAGCAGGAACUCAUCAACCUCAGCGAUGCUGUCUGGAACUUUGCGGAGACGGCUUUGAAGGAAUCCCAAUCUGCCAAAAUAUUGGCAGACUACGCGGAGAAAAACGGGUUCGUGGUACGGCGGGGCGUAGCCGAAAUGCCCACAGCUUUUAUUGCGGAGUAUGGAUCGGGCAAACCCAUUAUCGGUAUCCUGGGUGAGUUUGAUGCGUUGCCCGGCUUAUCACAGAAAGCGGAACCCGCAAGAGCCGCAUUAAAAGAAGAUGCGCCCGGCCAUGGCUGCGGCCACAACAUGUUUGGUGCUGCCAGCCUGGGCGCUGCACUGGCCAUCAAAGAAUUAAUGGCAGCUGGAAAAAUAAAAGGCACCAUCCGCUUUUACGGUACGCCCGCAGAAGAAGAUAUUGGCGGCAAAAUUUACAUGGCCCGUGCAAGUUUAUUUAAUGACCUAGACAUCUGCCUUGACUGGCACCCCGAUUUUGAAAAUAAGGCCAAUAUGCAGAGUUCGCAGGCCAUGGUAAGCUACCUGGUAGAAUUUAAAGGCAAGAGUGCCCAUGCUGCAGCUGACCCCUGGAAUGGCAGAAGCGCCCUGGAUGGCGCCGAAUUUUUUACGCACGGCAUCAAUUACCUGCGCGAACACGUGCAUUCAAGCGUGCGCAUGCAUUAUGUAUUUAAGAAAGCAGGCGAUGUGCCCAACGUGAUACCCGCCGAAGCCAGUGUAUGGAUCUGGCUCCGCGAUUCCAAACGGGCUGGCGUAGCCGAAGUAGAAAAAAGAUUGCGCGAGAUAGCACAGGGCGCGGCUACCAUGGCUGGCGUAAGCAGCACAGUGAAAUUAAUGAGCGGCGAUUAUGAACUGCUGGUCAACGAAAGCGGUGCCAAAGCCCUGCAGGCCAAUAUGGAACUGGUAGGCCCCAUCAGUUACACCGCAGCAGAAACUGAUUUUGCCAAUAAAAUAAUGGCUGCUUAUGGGGGUGAACAAAAGGGCAUUAACGGCAGCAUCAAACCGCUGGAAACUACCCGCCCCGAUCCUGACAAUGGCUCUACCGACGUAGGAGACGUUAGCUAUAUUGUUCCGGAAAUUACCCUGCUGGCUGCCACUGCCCCCUACCAGGCGCCCUGGCAUUCCUGGGUAGUAGUAGCCUGCGGGGGCAUGUCUAUCGGUCACAAGGGAAUGCUGUUUGCAGCAAAAUCUUUGUCCGCCACCAUGGUAGAUUUAUUUGAAAACGAAAAACUGCGGCAGGAUAUCCGCAGUGAAUUUGACAAAAGAAAGGGUACAGAGGUUUGGAAGGCCAUGUUGCCGGAGGGACCCCCUCCGGUGAAGUAA